UUCUUUUCGGUCACGAGAGUAAAGAGGGAGAACUCGAAAAGAAAAAUUGUUGAUAACAUAAAUGAGAAAAUAAUAUACAUGGAAAAGGAGAGAAAAAACGAAGAAUCCUAAAAAUAGUUCUAGGAGCGUGGAAGCUGAGGCAAACAACAGGCACUGUCGUAAAGAACAGAAGACGACGAAGAGCUUUGAUAUUCUCCACAAUUUGAAUUCACAGUAACGCUAAUGAGACAAGAAUAAUAAAGUCGUUUUAGUUUUAAGACUGGAGUUUGAGAGCAUUUAAGUGGGGAUGGAGCUUGCGCGAAAAAUUCUGAUUAUUCUACUGCAAAGAACUGAAACCAAGUUGAAAGUCACCGAGUCUUUCUAAACUAAAGAGUUUUUCUCAUCCUUCGACUUGAAUCAUCCGUAGUACAAUCGUCGCGUUGAAGAAUGAUAUUAAGAUGUUGUGGAAGUUUUUGCUGGUGGCUUUCCUGCCAGUUCACAGUAUCGGGUUCAAAAGUUAUAACAUAGGCGCAUUAUUCGAAGGAGGCGAAGGAAUUGAAAGUGCAUUUGGUAUCUCGGCAAUGGCGGUUAAUAAAAAUAGACACAUAGAUCUCACUUUAUCAAAGAAAUAUAUCCAAGUUUAUAAAAUAAAUGUAGAGGAAGAUUUAUGGGACGUGCAUACUAGAGUGUGUGAACUUGUGCAGGAGGGAGUUGUAGUGAUUUUUGGUCCACAACGAAAAAGAAGUCUACGUCAUGUUCACAGUAUGUGCGACGCAAUGGGGAUUCCUCACAUAUCGACCACUUUAAAUACAGACGAUAAUUUAAAAGUGAUAAACAUUUAUCCCCAUUCAAAGGCUUUAUCAAUGAUCUAUUACAAUCUUGUCGUGGAAUACAAGUGGAAAACCUACACGAUACUUUACGAAAAUAACGACAGUUUAAUUAUGAUGAAGCCGCUUCUGGAGCGAUGGAACGCCACAGGUUACACGGUAACAAUCCGUCGAUUGAUUGGACCAAAUUAUAGAAAUAUUUUACGCGCUGUAAAGUUAUCUGGAGAAGAAAAUAUGAUAAUUGAUUGUUCAAUUGAAAUCCUGACGUCAGUUUUGGAACAAUCCUUGCAAGUUGGAUUACUCUCUGAGAAAUUUAAUUUGAUUAUUACUUCACUGGAUUUACACACAAUCAAUUAUGAACCGUUUCAGUAUUCUGGCAUGAACAUAACCGUUCUUCGCUUAAUAGAUCCCGACAGUCCGGCAGUGCAAAGUAUAAUAGACAAUGAUUUCAACGGAUAUGCGAACGUGAAUAUGUUGACCGUGAAUCAAGCUCUGAUGUACGAUGCGGUUCAAUUGCUCGCUCGGGCGUUCAAGGAGAUGGACGACAUUGUGAAGCACGUGCCGCCGUUGCCUUGCGAUGGCUCCGAAGUUUGGGAGCAUGGCGAGACUCUGACAAAUUACAUCAGAACAGUGAAUUUGCCGGAUGGAAUGCAAGGUCUGACCGGAUUGGUGAAAUUCGAUACUGCCGGUUAUCGUUCGGAAUUCCAGCUGGACAUUUUGAGUUUGGGCGAAGAUGGGCUAAGAAAAGUCGGAGUCUGGAAUAACACUGAGCCUAUAAGAUGGAUAACGAAGCCUGUCGUUCAGGAACCGCAGGAGCAACUCAGCAUGCAGAACAUUACAUUUCGAGUUUUAAUCUCACUGACGAAGCCUUACGCAUGGUUAAAGGAUUCCUUGACGAUGAGAGUCGGUAACGAUCGGUUUGAGGGAUAUGCGAUUGACAUCAUACAUGAGCUCAGUAAUAUUCUUGGCUUCAACUACACUUUUAUAGUUCAGGAAGAUAAAAAGUAUGGCGUUUUCAGCAAUAUCAGCGGCUGGAAUGGAAUGCUUGGAAAAAUUAUUAAUAAUGAAGCAGAUCUCGCCAUCACUGACUUAACCAUCACGGAACAGCGGGAAAAAGAUGUUGAUUUUACAUUACCGUUUAUGAGUUUUGGCAUUAGUAUUCUAUUCAGAAAGGCAUCGAAAGCUGAAGGCAGUUUAAUGUCAUUCUUGUCGCCACUGGACAACCAGGUCUGGCUGUGCUUGAUUGCCGCCUACGUGUUCGUGUCCCUGGAACUGUUCAUAAUCGGGCGGAUAUGUCCUGGCGAGUGGGUGAAUCCAUACCCCUGCAUUGACGAGCCGACAGAAUUGAAGAAUCAAUUGCACUUGAAAAACUGCUUGUGGUUCACUCUCGGCGCUCUGAUGCAGCAGGGCUCCGAAAUCGCACCUGCAGGAAUUUCGACAAGACUAUUAUCCGGUUGUUGGUUUUUCUUCUGUCUGAUUAUGGUGUCAACCUACACGGCCAACCUGGCAUCGAGCUUGACAUUCGAAGUUCCUGUGCUUCCGUUUCAUAAUUUAGUUGAACUGGCGAAUCAAAAUAAGAUCAAGUAUGGCGCCAAGAAGGAAGGGUCCACCUUCUCUUUCUUCGAGGGAUCGAAUGACAGUACAUACAGGCAGAUUUACGAGACCAUGAAAGGUGAUGCAGUCAAUUGUCUCUUGCCGUCGAACGAAGCGGGAAAGGAGAAAGUGUUGAAGGAAGAUUUCGCCUUUUUCAUGGAAUCCUCUACAGUAGAGUAUGAAAUAGAACGCAACUGUAAUCUGACCGUCAUCGACAGGCCUUUCAGUGAAAAGCAUUACGGAAUUGCCAUGCGAAAAAAUGCGCCUUAUCGUCACGAUUUGAGUUCAGCUAUUUUGGAACUUCAAGAGACUGGACUUUUGGCGAAAAUGAAACAGCACUGGUGGAGACAGAAACACGGUGGCGGCAGUUGCGAGCAUGUACAAACUGAUCAGCCCGAGGAGUUAAAUUUGAAAAACGUCGGUGGCGUUUACCUUGUUCUUUGCAUUGGCGUAGUUAUUUCUUUUCUGUGGACUUUGUCGGAAAUGCUGCUGCGCAUAAGAGUCACGUCCCGUGAACACAACAUCCCCUUUAAAGAGCAGCUAAUGGAGGAACUUAAGUACGUCUUCAAGUUUAAUGCUACCGUCAAGCCAGUCAGAAGAAAAGCUGGAUCUUCAAGAAAAAGUGGUGUAAGCGCAACGGACUGCGUGUCAAUUGCCACUUCCAACACAGUGUGCGAAGACAGUGUAUGAAAAACAAUCGAAAAUAAUCUCCAAAAGUUACUAUUCAAAAUCCUCAUGCAAAACAUUGUCUGAAUUUAAUUCUAAAGAAUUUUCUCAUAAUUCACUAUUUCUCUUUUGAAACUUUUUACCUACAGCAAUAAUUUUUUACAUAGGAUUAAUUAAAAAAGAAGAUAAAGUUUUUUCAUUACGUUCCACAAUUUUUUAUACUAGUUCUUGAUCUAGCAAAUGACUCAAUUUAUUUGAUUUCGUGUAAAAGCAGAUGCUUAAAUAUUUUUGUAAAAGUCAUUUUGAUAUUUAAUUACGUAGACUUGCAAGUUUUAAGAGCUUUUGGAAAAUUGUCAAAAUAUCCAACAAGUU